UAACCAUCUCUAAUUUCCCACGUGCUUCGUAAACAUUUAACAUGUUUUAAACCGUGAAAAUAUAUGAAAAUUAAAAGAAAGCAGACUACGAAUCACAAAAAAUGACUCACCUGCAGCCAGAAGAAAAAGAGGUCGAGUCGCGCGGGGCAUUCAAGGAGAGCAGUCGCAUCUUCCGACGAAACCGCGCCUUGGGCUAUGUAAGCAACCAGGUUCCAGCAGUUACACGGUACGUCCAGCGCCGGCGGGACACGCUGAUAAUCACCUGCAUCGGCCGAUCCUUUCAAGUGUACACCGCUAGCCACUUGCGACUGUUGCAUGUGAGCGGUCUGCACCCGGACGAGAUCACGGCUCUAGCUACAGAUCGCCUGCACACGUAUACUGCCAGCAACAAGUGCAUCUACGCAUGGCGGGCGGGCAAACACAUUCGGCAUGUGUACCGGGGACAUCAGAAGGAUGUCCAUCUACUUCUGCCCUUUGGCUCUAGCCUUAUUUCCGUAGACAGGGAUAAUGUCCUGAAAGUGUGGAGCAUUCCCACGGAGGAGGUAUAUCUGGAAGUACCUUUUCGGAUUGAAGAGUUCAAGAUCACUGCCGUGGCCCAUCCGCCCACCUAUAUCAAUAAAAUUGUGCUCGGCUCCCAGCAGGGACUGCUCAAAAUUCUAAACAUCAAGAAGAACACCGUAGUCUGUACCUUAAACCACCACGAGAGCAGGAUAACCUGCAUCGAAACGGCUCCAGCUUUGGACGUGGUUGCAGUCGGCUAUGGUGAUGGAUCUAUUCAACUCAUUAACCUCAAAUUUGAUGAAGUGCUGAUGGGUUUUAAGCAGGAUUGGGGUCAGGUGACCAGUCUGGCUUUCAGAACAGAUGGACCCCCUAUUUUGGUGUCUGCCUGCAGCAAUGGGUACAUGGCCUUCUGGAACCUGGAGGAACGGAAGCUGGCCGGACAGCUGCAUGCCCACGAGGACCAGGUUACCACCGCUAUUUGCCUGCCUAGCGAGCCGGUUGUGUUCACCACCUCGCCAGACAACUCGAUGAAGCUAUUUGUUUUCGAUAUGCCAGACGGUGGAGCCAGGCAGCUGAGGAUCCGGGAGGGUCAUACGAAACCGCCUCUGUGCAUCCGUUACCAUGGAAACUCAGGGGUUUCGAUACUCUCCUCCGGCGAAGACAGCACUCUGAGAGUGUUUUCCACCCUGUCCGAGUCGCUAAACAAAAGCAUGGGUCGGGCCAGCUACAAUCCAAAAUCCACAAAAACCAAGAAUCGCUUCCAGUACGACAAGUAUAUUAUGCCGCCCAUUGUGGAGUUCACCUCGGACACUACCCGCGAGAAGGAGUGGGACAACAUAGCCGCCAUUCAUACUGGCAUUAUCCAGACCACCACAUGGACAUUCGACAAGAACCGCAUGGGCCAACAUCGGUUGGUGCCGCAGCAAUUCGAAAACAAGAAUCGCACAAACUUUCUGAACGAGACCACUUGCAUCGUGUUGACGCACUGCGGUAACUUUGUGAUUGUUGGCUACAGCAGUGGCGACAUUGAACGCUUCAACAUCCAGUCGGGUAUUCAUCGGGCCAGCUAUGGUUCUCCGGGUCACAAGAUGGCAGUGCGAGGCUUGGCAACCGACAAUCUAAACCAAUGCGUCAUCUCCGGUUGCUCUGAGGGCCUUCUCAAGUUCUGGCCUUUUAAAGGAAAGGUUGAGAAGCCCUUGGCGGUUCUCCGGUUGGCGGAUGGUAUUGCCUUGAUGCGGCAACAUCGCGAGAGCUCCAUGCUGGCCAUCGGGCUGGAAACGUUCAAGGUGUUUGUCGUGGACAUGCACACCAGGGUGAUAGUGCGCAAGUUCGCGGGUCACACAGCCAAGCUGAACGACAUGACAUUCAGUCCGGACAGUCGCUGGCUGAUCACCGCAGCCAUGGACUCCACCAUCAAGGUGUGGGACAUACCCUCGGCUUACAUGGUGGAUCACUUUCGGGUGGAGCGGCCGUGUGUGUCACUCACCAUGUCCCCGAAUGGUGAUUUUCUGGCAACAGCGCACGUCAAUCUCCUGGGAGUCUAUCUGUGGGCCAAUAAGACCCUUUUCAAUCAGGUCUCUUUGCGCUCCAUCGAUCCUAAAGAACCUGCUCCAUACGUGGGACUGCCCACCAAUGUUUGCGAUGCCAUCGAGCUGGAAGACUGCUUGCAGGAGCUGGAGAUCGACGACGAUGCUGAGGAAGGUGAACUUGUUGAUGCCAAGUACGAAACACCAAGCCAACUCUCGGAGGAGCUGAUUACACUGUCCGGAUUGGCUGCGUCUCGGUGGCAAAAUCUCCUGGACCUGGAACUCAUCAAGCAGCGCAACAAGCCGAAAGCCCCUCCCAAGGCUCCCAAGCAGGCUCCGUUCUUCCUGCCCACCGUUUCCGGUCUGGAGCUGCGCUUUGAUGUGGAGAAUGGUCAGAAGGCAGAGGAUGGUUCACACUUCCGCCAGGCCACCGUCCUAAAUAACCUAACUGGCUUUGGAAAACUUCUGGAGGUAACGGCAAGCAGUGGGGACUUCGCUCCGGCUGUCAGCCACAUAACGAAACUGGGUCCUUCGAUGGUGGACUUUGAAAUUAAAUCGAUGCAUCCCGAUGCUGGUGGCACUCUCCUCGCCAUGCUGCAGUUCAUCAAGAUGAUUGAGUUUAUGUUCGGGACCAACCACAACUUUGAACUGGCCCAGUCCUACUUGAGUGUCUUCCUGCGAUCCCACGGCCUCGGCCUGACCGACUCUGCUGAGCUGGUGAGGGCGUUGCGCAGUGUCUCCAAGGUGCAAGAGGAGGCAUGGCAGCGAGUGGAAGAGAAGCUAAUAUAUGGAACGGGGGUGGUGGCAGCACUUCGAAACUUUGCGCAUUAA